CAUUGCAUGUACAACAUGUUACAUGAGUACUUCAUGACUCAUUUUAAAGAAAUUUGUAUAAGUUUCACGUAAAACCGGCAUAAAGUGCAAUGUGUAUAACUUUCUUGCAAUAAAUACCUGCCUAUCUAGUGCAGUAAUAGGUAUAACAAAUAAGUUAGUAGUAAUAAAUAUUAGGUACAGUAAAUAAUUUAGUGAUCAACAGAUAUGAGAAUGUUAAUAAAAACAUUUCAUCCCAAGUGGAAAUUAUUGAAAUUACCACCCAAUUUUAUUCAAUUAUGCAGCACAAAUAUCAACAGUCCAUCAAUUAAAGAUAAAAAUGAUGAAGACUUCAAAGAUUGGAAAGAAAAACUUCAUUCUACAAUGGCUAUUUAUGAAAAUUUCAUUACAGAAUACGAAGAGAAGAGUUUACUUAACGAAGUUGAACCAUAUCUUAAACGUAUGAGGUAUGAGUAUGCUCACUGGGACAAUAUGAUUCACGGGUAUCGAGAAACUGAAUUCCCUAAAUGGAAUGAAGAAAAUUCAAAAAUAAUAACAAAAAUCAGAAAGAAAGCUUUCCCACCAGAUAUGCCACAGCUUGGUCUUGUACAUGUAUUAGAUCUUGCAGAAGAUGGUUGGAUAAAGCCUCAUGUUGAUAGCAGCAGGUUUUGUGGUGAAAUAAUUGCAACAAUAAGUUUAUUGAGUGAGAGUAUUAUGAGACUUACAUGUGUUGGACACGAAAAAGAAUAUUGGGAUGACUUUUUUAUACCAAGAAGAUCUUUGUAUAUUAUGAAAGGAGUUGCUCGACACAAAUAUAAUCAUGAGAUCCUAAGUAAACAGGAAUCAAUUUAUCAAGGGAAGCCCAUAAACAAGUUAAGACGUAUCUCAAUCAUCUGUAGAAGUGAACCUGAAUAACUGAAUAACUGAGUCUUGAGAUUAUAUUUUCACCAAUGUAAAUAUGUAAAAUAAUUGUUCAACUAAGUCUUU